AUGGGUCCACCUGUGACGCGGUCGCGCACACAUUCGGCUGAUUCUCGGGCGGUUGCCCUCUCAUCGGGAAUAGAUUCUGAGAUAUCCGCUUCGGACAACCUCGCAAACGUCCUGGCAGAUCUGGACGACCGUGCUACUGUCCAUGGACGUCACGCGAAGACUCUUCGCGACGCAGCGGUGCUAGCCAUCGCUGAGUUCCGUCCUCCACACGAUUCAGCACCAGAAGCGAACGAGCGAGUUGUUCAGCAGAAUGGCUCUGCAUUCUCACAUGUUCACGUAAGUAUAGUUACCGAUAAGAAAAGAACAAUUACUUCUCAGAGGAAGACAAGGAAAACUCAUCUUAAGGAGUAA